UGAUUAGAAGGGAGGAGAAUAAUCGAAAAGUGUAAAGUGAGUUUUUCGAAAUCGUUGCUCACCGAAAUUUCGAGCUUUCGAACAAACUUGCGUAGAGAAAGGACGACGACCUUGCAUAUACGUGUCUAUAGGGAUCAGUUAGGUACCCUACGGCACAACACUGCGCAGGUAAUAUUGAUUCGUGCGCGUUGUAUAUCUCGCGCAUCUGGGUGAACCGAAGUGCGCGACAGAGACGGAUAUAAAUCGAGAAAGAGAGAAGGGGUGGCGGUGGAGAGAGAGAGACGGGGAGAAAGAAGGGAAGAAACGUCACGGGAUUUCACAGGGUAGGAGGGAACUAACUCGGGGGUUUUGCUUUCGAGCGUAGCUCUCUCCUAGUGUAACGGUGAAGGUGGUGAAAAAAAUUUUCUACCCUUGGGAUGUGAGGCGUGUGAAUCAAAGUGUCGAUUUCACCCCGCCGAUCGAGAGAUUCCGGCGACGCGGAGCCCGCAGUGGACCGACGACGAACGUCGAGGGCGGAGUGAAAUUCUUCGAGGAAAAAACCGAAAAAAGAAAAAAAACAACGGGAAGUGAACCCGGAAAAGCUGCGAGACGUCGACGAGCGGACGAUCAUGCCGAAACCGGUACCGGUGGAAGAUCUGGUGAUACCCCCGCAGGAUGGAAAGAUAUGCGGCACGAUAUGCAUAUGCCAGAUGACGGCGGUUCUCUCGUCGGUGGCGUUGGUCUACCUGACGGUGGCUAUCUACAUGCCGUCCACGCGAGCCUUUCAAUCCGGCAUAAGCGAGGUGCCGGUUAUGUGCACGACUACGAGGGCCGUGAACAAGGACGCCUGCGACUGGGGUAGCUGCGGCGAAUGGUGCCUGUCGAAGACGUCGGGUGCCUGCAUCCAGAUAUACGUGAACCUGCGGCGAAACGGAUCGAGCAUAGUGUUGGCCAAUUGCACGAACACCGCGAACAAAACUUGCUACGGCAUCGACCAGGAGAACGCCAAGAAGUCCAGGUGCAUAGCCGACGAGUGCAGAAACUUGACGGGUACGUUCAACUGCACCAUGGGUAUGUGCAUAAACAUCACCGACGCCUUCGAGUGCAUGUUCCACGACACCGAUCCGCCGCUCAAGUGCUCCGGUAGACGCGGCAAGAUCACCUGCAUCGACAUCGACGGACUGUUCAACUGCAAUCGCGGCACCUGCGAACGCAUAAGGACACCGUACAACUGCGACAGGAGGUGCGUAGACAUACCGACACGCAACAAGAACAUGAUACUGCUCAGCGGCGACAAGGUUUACCUGUCGCAGUGCGAACGUGCUAUAGACGUGGACACCGGCACCGAGAUAUGGAACGAGGAGCGCGGCGACGUUAUGAUGGCGUCCUGCUACGGUAUCUACAACACGUCGCUGGGCGUGGAGGCCGUCGACUGCAUAAACGGCUCCGUACUCGAGAAGAGCAUGCUCACCGACCUGACCAAUUUCACCUACCUCUCCUACCUGAACAUAUUCGCCACCAAGCCGCUCGACGAGUCGCGACAGAUCGCUCCGCCCGAGCAGGAUUUGCUCAUAGCCAACGAGAGCAGGCUGCUGAUAAAUCUCGAGGGUUGCGUGAACACCCUCAAGGACGAGUGCAAGGAAUUCUUGCGCGAGUACGGUAAGGACGGUACGGACCACAACGCGAGGGCGAGAUUUCCUUGCUUCUACGCCGAGGGUAACACAGGCAUAGUGGUAUCGCGUUUCAACCUGGAGAGAACCUACAAGGAGUUUCUCGUCGCGUUCAUACUGCCCAGUGUUUUGUUCAUCGUUAGCUGUCUGACACUGAUACUGUGUCAGCGUACCGUUGUCGUCGGCGACGACGCCAAGAUGCGAUUUAAGGGAAAACCCGGAGCGGCUCUCGCCUCGUUAGAAAAAAGUCAAUCCGGAAAUUUGGGCGACGCCGGGGGAGGCGAUUCGGUUAUGGCGCUCUGAGAUCCGGCACGCAUUCCCCUCCUGGAGGAGAGCCCGGCCCGUCAGUCGGUUUUCUCGCUGCGCGGCCACUAUUAAGGUGUUAAUUAUGGAGGGGAACGCGUGAUUAAAAUUCCUGUCGCUAUAUACACACACACACAUACACAACAUAUUAUUAAUUAAUAAAAAAGAACGAGAAAAAAAAAAAA